CCUUUGCUCUACAAUCAUGGAGCUUCAAAACAACUUUUCUAACUUCACCAUACUGUCAUCCUUUCUCUUCCUCUUGGUACUAAUCAAAAUAGUUAAGAGAUUGACUACUUCUAAAAAUUCUACCACCAACUUACCACCAGGACCAUGGAGACUGCCCUUCAUAGGGAACAUACAUCAGAUUCUUAGCAGCCCAUUUCUUCAUCAUUCCUUCAAAACAAUGGCAGAAAAGUAUGGACCAUUGAUGUACCUAAAACUAGGAGAGGUACCAUACAUAAUAGUUAGUUCACCAGAAAUAGCCAAAGAGGUUAUGAAAACACAAGACCUUGUAUUUUCUAAUAGGCCAGACCUUAUGUUGCCCAAAAUAUUUAGUUACAAUAAUACUGAUAUUUUAUACUCUAUAUAUGGAGAACACUGGAGGCAACUACGAAAAAUAUGUGCUAAUGAGGUAUUGAGUGCAAAGCGUGUCCAAUCAUUUAGGUCCAUAAGAGAAGAAGAGGUGGAUGGUCUUGUUAAAUCAAUAGCUGCAAGUGAAGGAACUGUUGUCAAUCUUACUCAUAAGAUUACCGAUUUGACUCAUUGGAUAGUGGCGAGGGCGGCUUUUGGAAAAAAGAGCAAACACGAACAAGUAUUCAGAUCAGCAAUUGAUGAAAUAUCAGAUUUGCUCGGAGGAUUUUGUAUUGCUGAUUUGUAUCCAUCUAUUAAAAUGCUUGAAAGGUUGAGUAUGUCCAAGACAAGAUUUGCAAAACUUCAUAAAGAGCUCGAUGUGUUGGUGCAAGAUAUCGUCGAUGAUCACAAAAGCAUUCACAGGGAAGAAGUAAGCAAGGAUGAAGAUAUAGUUGAUGUUAUUCUCAAGAUUCAACAGGAAAAUGCAGAAUCACAACAUCCCGUGACUGACGUAAAUAUAAAAUCAAUCAUCCUGGACUUGUUUGCUCCUGGUACUCAUACAACAUCAGGGUUUACGAUAUGGUGUAUGUCUGAGAUGGUAAGGAAUCCAAAGGUAAUGGAAGUAGCGCAAGCUGAAGUAAGAAGAGUGUUUGAUAAUAAAGGGUAUGUAGAUGAGACAGAGAUACAUAAACUGACAUACUUAAAGUGUGUCAUCAAAGAAACACUAAGGCUACGUCCUCAUGCACCAUUGUUAGUUCCAAGGGAAAGUAGGGAGAGAUGCCAAAUUAACGGGUAUGACAUCCCAGCUAAGACAACCGUCAUGGUUAAUGCUUGGGCAAUCGGAAGAGAUCCAAGGUAUUGGGCUGAAGCUGAGAGUUUUAAACCUGAGAGGUUUCUUGAUAGUAAACUUGAUUUCAAAGGCACGGACUUUGAAUUCAUACCUUUUGGUGCUGGAAGGAGGAUCUGUCCAGGUAUAGCAUUUGCCAUAGCAAGUACUGAGCUAUCUCUUGCUAAAUUACUUUACCACUUUGAUUGGAAGCUUCCAAAUGAUAUGAAGAAUGAAGAACUUGAUAUGACUGAGAAGUUUGGGAUUACAGUAAGAAGAAAACAUGACCUAUGCUUAAUUCCUAUUAUUCGUCGUCUUUGAUAUGUCUCAGUCAUAAAUUAAUAUGUUGGUAAUAAAGCUUGUAAGCUAUUGAAGUAUGGUUCCACAAUGUUGUAUGAGACAUUAUUCGUCAUGUUUUUUAUGUUGUUUUUGUUGUUUCACUCUUUAGUUUGUUUUCUUAGCAUGAGCUUUUGUGGGGUUUGUAUUUCUUGCGCAUAGUUGAUGCUCUUUGU